CACGGACAGGGCGCAGAAGGCCAUGGGCCCUUCUGGGCGCUCUCCUCGCUCCUGCGCGCUGAGAACCUUCAGAGCGCGGGGGUUCCGGUUCCGCUAAAGAGGCCAUGCAGACGCUCUACACGGUGCUGGGCGUGAGCCGCUCGGCGGAGAAUUCGCAGAUCCGCGCAGCCUACCGGCACCGGGCCUUGGCCACACACCCGGACAAGGGCGGCAGUGAGGAGGAAUUCCUGAAGGUCGUCGAAGCCUUCGAAGUUCUAUCGGAUGCCCAAAAGCGCACGACCUACGAUGAAGAGCUGCAGAGGACGGGCAGUCAAGACGGGCGAGCGGUGGAUAGCGAGGCAGCCGCGGCUCACGCGGAUGCUUUUGGCCUGCCUGAUUUGGGCAAGACAGAGCCCAACGCGAAGGUCUUGGAGGGCUACAGCGCCUUAGAGGAGGCAAAGCGCGCCAAAAGUUUGUGGCUGGAGCUAUUGGAGCGCGACGCCGCAGAGCGAAAGGCCCAGGUGGAGCAGCUCUCCUGCCGUGCUGCGGAGGUGCUGCUGGGCUAUGCCCGGCUGUCGGCCGGCGGCGCGCCGGUGGUGGCGGUGGCCCAGGCCUCGGAGUGCGGCGCCUUGCCACCGGAGGAGGAGGUUCCUUGCAAGCGGCGGAGGCUAGAGUCACCGUCGGGGCCCGCGCUGGGCGUGGGCUCACGGGCCCACGUUUGCCUGGAAGGGCUGAAGGUCUGCACUGGGGCCUCAGAGGACGUAACGGAGGCGAUCAAUUGGCACAUUCUGCUGGUGCGGGUGAAGCAGAUGUACGCGGACCUCACUGGGCAGGGCCACUCUUUCGAGAGCGCGGUGCGACGAGCCAUCGGCGCGGCAUUGGAGGCGGAAGCCUCGGAUCCGCGGCUGCGAUUUCUCACCGAGUGCCAAGUGGAGGAGGAGGUGCUGUUCACCCCGGUGACGUGGGACCUGGAUACAGCGCUCACGCAGCACCAGCAGCUGGCGGCUCUACAGCGGCAGAAGGCCUCGCGCUUCGAGCUGCUGGCGGCCAUCCGGCGCAUGGCGCAAGCCUCGCAGGCGGCAGUAGAAGAGCAGCGCGCGCUGAGUGAGCAGCUGGAGCAGCACAUCUUCCUUUUCCGAAAGAUGCUGCGCUGGCGCUCGGGGUGCCGACCAAAAGGGGUGAACGCCAGCUUUUGCCAGGUGCCGCUGCCCAGCUUCUGGGGCGAAGGCAAAGCGCAGCGCCCGGCCUUCCGCGCCUUCGCCUACGCGGAGCUUUGGCAUCAGAAGGCCUUUGGCCUGGAACCUUUGUGCCGCGGCCCGCGGCGCCAGCGCGAGGACGAGGCCUUGCGGGAUUUGGAGUCGCUGCAGGCAUCGCAGUCCAAGGGCGGGGACGCCGCCGCCAAGGCAGAGGCGAAGCGCCUCUUCGAGGAGCAGCUCCGGCGCUGAGCCAGCCGACGCCUUUCGCCUUUCAAGCAGAUCUCGUCAUGCGAUGUUCGGCGCAGAUGGAGGCGGUUCACACCUUGCCUCGAGCUCUCGACGGU